GGACGCCUUACACGGGAAACAGUAAGCUCACCGUGCAAAUCUUUUUCGAAGAUGGUUUUUAUCCCGUAAUUUCUGAUAUACAGAAUUUUUUCUAGCGGUUGAAAAUAUAAUCUAGUGACGAAUUUUGUCGAAAUUCAAAAUUUCCACGUGGAAUUGAUGAAAAUGUGAUUUUAGUGUUGUUCGAAAUUAUCACAAAAUGUUGGAUGACAUAAGUGAAACAAAGGCAACAAUGCAAGCAGAUGAAGUGGAAGAGUUGAUGUGCAUGAAAGCCGAAAUGACUUACAAAAACGAAAAUGAUCUGAGCCAUUCCAAAAUCAAAGAUGAACCCCAAACCGACGAAAUUGGGUUAGAAUUUGACGCUACCAAAUAUAAAGGUAUCAAUUUGGAGGACGAUAUUGAAAAAGUUGAAGUAACUAGUCACGAAUCGUCGGAAGAACUCGACGAAUUCGAUCCAUCUCCUUCGAAGGAUAACAUAUUUAGUCGGAUACCCGUUCAAAAUCCAAACGAAUCUAUCAAGAGUUGGUUACAGAGGAUAACUGACGUUCAAAAUGAAAUGCAAAAAAAAUAUCUCACCGGUAUCGAACGUAACAAUCAAUCACCGUUAAAUUCCGUAGUUAAUACGAAUCAACCUUCGGUAGCUCAAAAUUCCAAUAGAGUCGUGAAAUAUCAAGAUCUACCUUACAUGGGAGAGAUGACUUUGGACAAUUCCAAACCGAGGAGGGGUCGUAAACCGAAGAAAGCCGAUAUAUGUCAUCUGAUUUACAAAAAUUACGGUACCAUCUUCCCCGGUACGCCCAAUCCGGGUAAUUACACGGACAACGGCGUUGUAAAAAAACAAAAUUCGAUUGAAAUGAAAGACGAUAAUCUAAAUAGAAGCGACGUUCAGAAUAGGAUCAUAUCUAGUUUACUCGAAAAAAGACUGACCCAAGAAUACAAUAGGAAUAAGAGGAGUUCGAAGGAGGAAAAAUCUAAUCAAGACGAACCGCUCAAUCUUUGUAUCAGGGACCUGAACCAUUUGAAAAUAAGACUGUUGAAAAAAAACGACAAUACGUAUAUAUCUGAAAUAAAAUCAGAACCGCAUUCGGACGAAGACGUAGAGUUAAUUCAAGAAUCGCCCAGUCCCGACAAUCCCUCCAAAACCGAAUCGAUGUUUCCGACGAUACCACCGGAAAUCGUUCCUCCUCUCGAUCCUCUAAAGACGGCUGAAGGUACGACUGGACCUGGAGGAUACGUCUAUUGGUCUAACGCCGGAGUUUUUAUUCAUCCAGUAGCUCUUCAACAACAAUUGAUGAUGUACCAAAGAAUGACCUCUGGAAAUAAUUAUAUUCUUCCUAAUAACCACAGUCCGAAACCACCCCCCGAAAACAAAACGACGUCCAUUAAAGAUCAUAGCGAAUUGAGGAAAUUGGUACCUAAAACACUCAAACCGAAACCUGGUUCUCCGAAAGAUAAUCGCGAUGAAACAGUCAGUCCGUCAUCGCAUACGCAAGAUGGGAAAAAAAGAAACGCAUCGACGGUGGAAAGUCACAAAUGUCCCACUAAACGAAAACGUUCCGCUAUAUUCAUACCGCCGAUACCGACUGAAAAUAACACGAAUCCAGCCACCGAAGUCAGUAUAUGUAAAUUCAAAUUCACUGGAGGAGCCAAGCCGAGUCUCCAAGAAAAAAAAAUGUUGUCGGUAGAUUCGGGGGGGAAUUUUAGAUAUUAUAGCGGUACAGGUGAUAAAUCGAUGAGGGGUUACGAAUUUUUCCCUAGGGAAACGCUACAGCAACAGAUCAACAAUACUCACGGUUCGUCGACGGGAGCUUUUCUACAAGCUAGCGGAGAAAAAAUUUACCCGACGCCGCCGACCGAUUUCACCGGCGCCAAAACGAGCUCGGAGUUUCUGCUUAGUCCGGAAAUACCCGCGGCUACUUUCAGCCCGCCGCAAUCUUCUAGUCAGGAUCACGGUAUGAGAUUGAAGAAGAGAAAAUCCAGAAAAAGUUUACAGAGGGAAAAAUUAGAACAAACUUUCAAGGAAAAGGGUUUUUUAAUACAGACGCAACAGACGGAAAGCGCCGAAGGGGCGACUUAUUGUAAAUUUAGACAGUUGAGGAAGUUUACUAGAUACCUUUUUAGAUCUUGGAAGGAUUAUUUACCGGGGAAUUUGACAGAAGAACAACAACAACAAUUGAAACAACAACAACAACAACAACAACAACAACAACAGCAACAACAACCGAAGAAUGGCUCCGAUGAAAUUAUCGAACAUUGUAAAGAUAACGUUGACGACGUUUCGGUAAAUUCGAGUGAAUUAUCAGUCAGUAACGCGUAAAAAAAGUAUUACGAAUGGUAGAUAUUUAAAAAUUUAACCAAAGAUUGAGUGGGUGGAAAAUUUUUGUUUUAAACUGUUGUAUGUCGUUUUAACUUUUAAUUUAAUUGGAUUUUAUUGCCAAAUCGAUGAGGUAAACCUAAUCUAGUCGGUACAGAGUUGUUAUUUAGUACUACGUACUCUAAAUUUGUUUAUUUAAAUUAUAAUAAAAAUAUUUUUAUUUGACCAUCGGAGUUUAUUUAACGUCCGUUAGGUAUUUCAAUUACUUCGUUUUUUCUGUUGAAAUUUACUAACUACGGAACGAAUUUGACCGAAAAGUUUCUUUUCGAUCCUCCUGUAGUAAUUUCAAUUAAGUUUAUUCAUAGUAAAAGGACCCAUUUAUGCUAAAUUGUUUUUUUUUCGUGUUAAAAUUUAUGCAAAACGAAGAAAAAAUUUGACAGAGGGUUGAAAUUGAGAGAAAAAUUUAUUUUUAGUGCCUAUGUAUUGUUUUUUUUAAAUACCAUUUAUACCUAUUUAUGCCAAAUCGUUGAUAAAAUAGCCACAAAAAUAAUUAAAAAAUUAACCAUGACAUUAAAUUGACCGAUAAACUUCUUUUUGAUCCCCCUUUAUACGUUUUUUAUAAUUUUUUCUUGGUAAAACGACCAUUAUAAAACGACCGACUAGUGCCACAUUGUUUAUAAAAUUGUAAUUUUCACGAUAAAAUGACACAAAAAUAAGAAAAAAAAUUACUGUGAUGAAAUUGAUAGUAAAACAAAAUUUUAAUGCACCUGUAUGUGUUGUAUAAAAUUUCUUUGGGGUGAAACAAUCAAUUUACUUCAAACUAUGGAUAAAAGUGCAUUUUUUGUGAAAAAUUUCAUUAAAAAACUGAAUAAGGGACGAAAUUAGUCUUUUUAGUAUCCCUGUAUACAUUUUGUACAAUUUCUCUAUGGUAAAAUGGCUGAUUUAAGUCGAAUUAUUUAUAAAUUUGCAUUUUUCUCAAUGGAUUUCACAAAGAAAGAAAAAAUAAUUUUUGGUAACGAAAUUGGCAGAAAAAGUAUUUUUGAUAUUCCUAAAUUUGUUUUUCAAUUUUUUCCCUAGUAAAAUUACUGAUUUAUCUCUAAUUGUUUAAUUAUUUAUCACAACCAAUUUGUUGUAAAAUAUCAAUAAAAUUUCAUUUUUCUAAAAACGAAAUUAAUUCGAAGAAAAACUUUUUUUAACCUUCUGUAUGUUUAUUUUAAUAGAAAUUUUCUAUCACAUCAACUUAUUUUUCGUACAAACUUUGUAAGGAAAUAAAAUACAAAAAAACAUAAAAAACAUAACUAAGAUAUCAAAACUGCUAGAAACUUCUUAAAUUCCCCCUGUUUCUUUAUUUUCAUGAAACUUCAUGUUAUAAUAACGAAUCUUUCGUAAAUUGUUCAAAAAGUUUGUUUUUCGUUGUUAAAUUGAAAAAAAAUACAACACAAGUAGAAAAAAUUAGCAUAAAAGUUACUUAUUGAUCCUCUUGUAAUUGCAUUAUUUUAGAAACAUCAUGUUAUGACAAACGUUUUGUCCUAAAUUGUUCUCGAAUACCAAUUAAAAAAAAAUCUCAAAAACUUCUUUUUAAAUUUCCCUCGUAUUUGUAUUUUUCAUUAAAAGUUUGGUUAUAAAAUUUUUAUUGUGAAAACAACAAAAACAAUAAUUACAGGAUUGGAAAUUGGUGUGAUCAGGGGGGCACAAAAAUAUUAAUAUUUUUAAAAUUAAGUGAAAAAAAAAAUGAAAUAAAAGUGGAUUUUAAUGGCGUGAA